AUGCAGACAAUUGGUUGUGGAAGUUUCCCGAGGGCUAUACCUAUGGAGCCAAAAGAAGGGCUGUCGACUAAAUUGACUCUGCGCCAGAAGCAAGUCAACGUUGCUAGAGGAAGGCACGCCGUUUCUGAAAAAGUGAAGGCCCAACGUUUCGCUAAAGCCUACGAACGCGGCAGGCGCGAAUGCCUCGCUUUCUGCGUGAAGUUUCAUGCCGCACUGCCUCGUGAGCUCCGUGACAUGGUUUACGAUCAGCUCAUACCACCUCGACUUUGGCACCACGUAUUCGAACCCCUUGAUGAGAAGGGUCAACCUAGAGUUAGCAGCAACCCGCUAGUAAGCGCUUCGUUUUUCGAUCCGCGGUCGCGCAUCCCCGAGCAGCCCUCUGUCCGCCGGGACAUCUGGAGAUAUCGCGAGUAUGUAGGUGAUAUUGUCGCUAAGGAGGUCGCGGACCGCUGGUACCAUACCGGGCUGUUCAUUCUCGACGCCGAAGACGCUCUUCUGCCCAAAUUUCUGUCCACGGACGUGUGGGAACAAGAUAAUGUGCCUGCGGAAGCGGUCCGACACAUUCGCCUCAACAUCAGAGACAGCAUCUUUGACGACGAGCUAAAGCCCGACAAAUUAGUGAAGGGCUUCGAGCACUUGUUUCGUGUUGCAAACAAGAAGACGGAAAUUGUAUUCUACAUGUCCGGGGGGUACGGCGAUCCUGUAGGCUGGUACAUCCGUCACCUGUUCCGCUCAUGGCAACUCCAGCCACUAGGUGAUGCCCUCGAACUGAUCAGGCCAACAAUCUAUCGCCUGCGCGAAGAGGGAUAUACGCGAGUCAGAGUACAACAAGGUGGCUGUGAUGUAUGUUAGACGCAUCGCACAUAUCUUGGGAAAAACAAAAAAUAAAAAAAUAAAAGCGCAUACGCGCCACAACUAUCCGUUGAGCUACCAUUUCAUCGACGUGGGCCAGAUUCGAACUGACGCUCCCGAAGGAACAAGAUUUCUAGUCUUGCGCGAUAACCACUCCGCCACCACGCCCGAGGUUGCAUUGUUGAAAAACCCGGCUGUACGAGAGACAUGUUCUUGAUGAAUCUGCGGAGAUGCUUGGAAUCGGUUGGCCAGAUAAACGAUAGUUAUUUUGCAAAGUGGAGCUGGUGCUGAUCUGUUCAACAAAACUUUCGGUGACGAUGAGUACGAGGCGCGCUUCAUUGUGGAUAUACGGCAGGAAGGGCCGGCCGUAUAGGCGAGCGCUUGGGUGGAUGCGGUUAAAGACUUUAUAUGUGAGCCGAACUAGCUAUCGAGUGACAAGAUUCUAUGCGGCCUCUG